AUGUGUGAGGAAACGGAAACGACGUCGCCUACGAACACGCAAUUGCAGGCGGCUUUGGCCGCGAAUCCUUUGCAAGCAGAUGAUGCUAUUCGGGACGACGAUUCUGCUUACAGUGUUUCAGCGGAUUCAGCUAGCUUCCGAACGUCUCUGGCCUCAAGCGUCCUUAACUACAAAUACGAGAAUGGUCGUCGCUACCAUGCAUUCCGUGAAGGCUCCUACUUAGUACCGAACGAUGAGGAAGAGCAAGAUCGGAUGGAUCUCGUUCAUCACCUCUAUUGUAUGGUGCUUAAAGGCGAAUUGUUCUUCUCUCCUCUCGAGAGUGACCCCCAACGAGUGCUUGACCUGGGCACUGGUACUGGUGUCUGGGCGAUGGACUUUGCAGAUCAAUACCCAUCCGCGGAAGUUAUCGGAACUGAUCUAAGUCCCAUUCAACCUGGAUGGACCCCUCCCAACUGCUUCUUUGAGGUUGAUGAUUUCGAAUCAGAGUGGCCCUACCAAAAGCCCUUCGACUUCAUCCAUGGUCGAGAGCUGGAAGGGUGCAUUGCCGACGGUGGCAAGCUAUUCCGUCAAGCCUUCCAACACCUGGCCCCCGGCGGUUAUAUUGAAUUCCAGGCCAGUUACCCCGCCUUCCUCUCCGAUGAUGGUACGGGCGAGAAAGGAGAAAGCGCUCAGCUCUGGUUGAAGAACUUGAUCGAAGGCCUCGGGAAGUUCGGCAAGCCGCUGGAUGUUGCCAUCGGAUGGAAGAAGAAGAUGGAAGAAGCAGGGUUCGAGGAUGUGACGGAAAAGAUUCUCAAGGUGCCUGUCGGUGCGUGGCCGAAGGAUCCAAAGCUAAAGGAGAUUGGAAAGCUGCAGGGCGUUCAGCAGAUCCAGGCCGUUGAAUCGUACACGCCUGCUGUCUUUUCGCGGGUCCUUGGUUGGAGCGAUGAGGAAAUUCAGGUGGUCAUCGCCAAGACGAGAAAGGACCUCACCGACCCAGCGAUCCAUAUUUAUAUUCCAGUGUACUUUGUAUAUGGAAGGAAACCCAAAGCUUAA